AUGCAACAGCACCCACAUGCUGCUCAGGCAAAUGUACGAAUACGAAUACGGAUCCAAAUAACUGCUUUACUUGCGGCCUCACGUCCCCAGCGACAUGAUAUCAUGACUUAUCUAUCGCCUAGUGUCCUUCCAUCCUACCCAACUGUUGCUCUGCUUACCCGAUCAGUGUCCUCUUACAUCGCCGAUAUGCUGCAAUGGGAACUGUACGAAUUUGACAAGUGA